AUGGCCGACGGCGGGGGCGAGGAGGGGAAUGCUUCGGCGCAAAAGGGCUCCGCGCGCCGCCGGGGCCUGGUGCAGGCGGGCCUGGACUCAGACGACCUCCUCACGCUCAUGCACAGGUCGGAUCCCGUCAAGGUCGAGCUUAACCGGCUCGAGAACGAAGUCAGGGAUAAGGAUAGGGAGCUGGGCGAGGCGCACGCGGAGAUAAAGGCGCUCCGGCUGUCGGAGAGGGCGCGGGAGAAGGCCGUCGAGGAGCUCACUGCUGAAUUAGAGAAGGUGGAUGAGAAACUCAAGUUGACAGAGUCUCUCCUUGAAAGCAAAAACCUAGAACUGAAGAAAACAAAUGAUGAAAAAAAGGCUGCUAUGGCUGCUCAGUUUGCAGCUGAAGCAACACUACGAAGAGUACAUGCAGCUCAGAAAGAUGAUGAUAUGCCACCUAUUGAAGCUAUCCUUGCACCACUUGAAGCAGAGUUAAAGAUUUCUAGGAAGGAGAUCGCAAAGCUCCAGGAUGACAAUAGAGCUUUGGACCGUUUAACAAAGCAAAAGGAGGCAGCACUGCUAGAAGCGGAAAGGACUGUACAAAUCGCAAUGGCUAAAGCUGCUAUGGUUGAUGACAUGCAAAACAAGAACCAAGAGUUGAUGAAGCAAAUUGAAAUUUGCCAGGAAGAAAGUAAGAUCUUGGAUAAGCUGCACCGCCAAAAAGUUGCAGAAGUAGAAAAGCUGAGUCAAACUGUGAGAGAGCUGGAAGAGGAUGUUCUGCAAGGUGGUGCAGCUGCCAAUGUUGUUAGAGAUUACCAACGGAAAGUUCAAGAAAUGAAUGAAGAAAAGAAAAUUCGUGACCGUGAACUUGCUCGAGCGAAAGUUACUGCAAAUAGGGUUGCUGUUGUGGUCGCAAAUGAGUGGAAAGAUGCUAAUGACAAAGUAAUGCCUGUUAAACAGUGGCUUGAAGAGCGAAGGUUCCUGCAGGGUGAGAUGCAGCAACUUCGUGACAAACUUGCUAUUGCAGUGAGAACUGCUCGAUCAGAAGCUCUAUUAAAGGAAAAGUGUCAGUUGCGCUUAAAGGUUUUAGAAGAUAGUUUGAGGGGCCCUCCAAGUGGUUCUAGUCAUCCUCCUAUGGAAGGAAAGAGUAUAAGUAAUGGACCUCCCCGUCGACUUUCACUAGGUGGUAUUGAUAGUAUAUCCAAAAUGUCUCCAAACGGUGUGUUAAUGAGGAGGUCUCCAUCUUUCAAUUCAAGAUCCUCCCUCUCGACCAGCAGUUGUUUGGUCCUGAAGCAUGCAAAAGGAACUUCAAAGUCAUUCGAUGGUGGUACCAGGUCAUUAGACCGGGGAAAAGUUCUCGGGAGUGGACCUCAUUCACUCAAUAGAUCUACGGAUGCGGUUAAAGAUUGUGAAACAACUGAUAAUUGGAAGGCUAUCGCAGAAGAAAAAAGUAAUGAAACCACAAACAACGAUUCAGCUGAUAUGGUGUCUGGUGUACUCUAUGACGUGCUGCAAAAGGAGGUAGUUUCCUUGAGAAAGGCAUGCCAUGAGAAAGACCAAACUCUAAAGGACAAAGAAGAUGCAAUAGAGAUGCUAGCAAAGAAAGUAGAUACAUUACAUAAAUCAAAGGAAGUGGAGGCUAAAAAGAAGAGGCAAGAGAUAGCUGCUUUGGAGAAAAAAUUUGCUGCUGUGUGCCUUGAACAAGAACGACUUGGUAAUUUGAGAGGACCUGGAACUUCUCAGACGGUUUCCGGAAGGUAUGCCCUUUGA